CGAGAGUGUGCGCGCGCGAAAGAGAAAUGCAGCGCGAGCUUUAGACUGGACAGCCCGAAUAAGCACCAUCCGCCGCCACGCGCACGAGGGAAAAAGGCAGCAAAAAAGCGAGUAGAUACUCGAGACAGGGUCACCAGAGAAAGACCACCGCCGACGAGGACUGAAUCAUCAUGGGAGGGAAACUGAGCAAAAAGAAGAAGGGAUACAAUGUGAACGACGAGAAGGCGAAAGAAAAGGAUGCCAAAGCAGAAGGAGCAUCGGCGGAGGAGAGCGAAGCUCCCAAGGACAAGAAGGAAGAUACGCCUGCCGCCACAGAAACCACUGAGACGGCCAAUGACACGGCGGCGGCCACCAAAGAUGCCACACCUGCUGCAGAUAGCAAUGCCACCACGGCCAAGGAAGAGGAGAAGAGCGCCACCCCAGCGGCCAAGGAGGAGAAAUCUGCAGCUAAUGCCACGGCAACGUCUGACGCCAAGAGCGCCGACUCUGCCAAAGCAGAGCCUGCAAAGAGCCCAGAGGCCCCACCCACCAAGGCUGAGGAAAAACCGGCCCCUGCUGCGGCCACUGAGAAAGAUUCAGCGAAAGAAAGCACCCCUGCUCCCAAAGAGCCUGCCCCAGCUAAGGAGCAGGCCCCCGCUGCUGCUGCGGCAACGGAGAGCAAGGCAGAUGCUGAGGCUAAAAAGACUGAGGCUCCGCCCACCAAGGAGCCCACCUCCGCAGAGCCUGUAACCACGGAGACCAGCCCUGCCCCCAGUAAGGAGCAGACAGUUGCCGUGCAAGAUUAACGGACAGAACCGAACAAAACAAAAUAAAGGGGAAACAUAAAUAACAAAACGAAAAACAAGAUCAGAUAAAAUUAGCGACACUAGCCCUGCCCGUUAUUAAAUUGCAACAAUAAUAAUAAUAUUGAUAAUCAUAAUAAUGAUAUUGACUUUGACAACAAGCAUGACUUAAACAUCUCAAUGAUUUGUACUGACGAUGAUGGUGACUUUAUAAGUAAGGCGUAGAGUGAUGAUGUCGAUGAGGUUGAAUCAUGAUGAAAAUUUGAGUGAGGCCUAUAGAAGUGAUGAUGAUGAUGAAGAGGUUUAGAUUAGUGUUAUAAUGAUGAUGAUGAUGAUUAUGAAGAGGUUCAGGUUAGUGUUAUGAUGAUGAUGAUGAUGAUGAUGAUGAUGAGGAUGAGGAACCUGGUGCUGCUGAUUAUUGUUGUCACAGUUAUUAUUGUUAUUUAAACUUUGAUCAAAGUCUGAGUCCACCACCAGCCCCAAAAUCUAACUCUUUUCAUCUCUCUCUUUCUCUCUCUCUAUCUCUCUCUCCUUUCAUCCCUCCAUUUGGUGGAGGGGUCAAAAGAAAGAGUGAAGCUGGUUCUUUACAGGCCACUUACACACACAGUUCUCACCUCCCUGUUCUUACAUCCCUCUCUUUUGAGACGAGUGUGAGUAUGAGUGCGUGUGUGUAUGGUGGCAUAGCAUUCUGUUGGUUAUCUUCUCUUUGCUGCUGUCUGGUUUGUGCUUGGUCAUUUGCAGUGGUUGAAGUCUUUGCCUCUGUUCUCUAGUCUUUCCUGACUCAUCAUCGCCUCUGAUAGAUCUCCCCCCCCAUAUUGAUGGAAUAAAAAUCAGUGUGUACAGCACAAUGUAAUCCACACACACACACAUACACAUACACACACAGAGUGAGAGAGUCUGUUGUGCUGAAAGGUGUUGAUGCAUUAAAACGUGUGCGUGUAUUUUUUGCAGUGUUUGGUUAUCCAUUCAUUGGUAUGGUGUACAGAAGUCGUUGUGUGUCUGUGUGUGUGGGUGGGUUCAUGUGUGGUUGGAUGUAUUUGUGUGUGCAUGUUCCCUUGGGGACCGAGGCUGCGCCCAGAACCUUUUGCUACUGCUCCUGUCCUCCUUGCCACAGCUCAGGGUUGUCUAGGAGUGGACAAGCAGUAGCUGGGGAAAUGGACAUCAAAAUUGAUGCCAAUUAUUGAUAAACUAAGCCUAUCACAACAUUCGCUUGAAAGCACGCCCCUAAUACGCUUGGAAACCACUCAAAGAGGCUUCGUCAGGUAUUUAGACAGCCAAUGGCAUCAUAAAAUCCGGGUUACAGAGGAGACGAGCUGGAUUACAAGGAAGAAGCAGUAACUUUUAGGUUUUCUAGACGUAGCCCUAGUCUGCCUUCUUAAUAAUAAAGCAGUGGUUGCCAUGCAUGACAGGAGAGAGAGAGUGAGAUUGAGGGUGAGAGAGUUUGCGAGUGAGAGAGAGAGACAGAUUCAGUGUGAGCUACAGACUUUAACAUUCAUCAAACACACAACUCUCUCAGUGUGAGGGUGUUUGUGUGUGAGUGUGUGUGUGAGUGUGUGUGUGAGUGAGUGUUGUAACAGAUUUCUUGCAUGUCAGUUGUUGAGUGGCCCUGUAGUGUAUUUUUGGUUGCUGUGGAAAAAUGUUGUUACAGUUGAUAUUCUAAUAUUCUAUUCCAUUUCAACAAAUGCACGGACACACCAACAGACUCUCUCUCUAUUUCUCUCUGUCUUUUUCUCUCUCUCUUUCUCUCUCUCUCUCUCUCUCUCACUCUCUCUCUCUCUCUCUCUCUCUCUCUCUCUCUCUCUCUCUCUCUCUCUCUCUCUCUCUCUCUCUCUCUUACUCUCUGAACAUCCCUUGCAAAAAUGAAACAGAAAGUAAACUGGAUGAUUUGAGAUUAUAUGUUCUUGUAUAGAUGGAGCAACAGUAAUAAAAUGUAAGACAUUGAUUGAAAUCCUGA